CUCAGCUCCGUCCGCCUCAUCGCCAAUGUUCGGCGCUCGAGGAAGGGGGCCGCGCCCGGGCCAUCAGGUUGCACGGGAGAACACUUACGCGUCCUCCUGGAUGAUGAGCAUUGCGCGGAGCUCCUCCUGGGGGCAGCGCGCAAGCUGGCGAUCGCGCAGGUGCCUGGUGCGAUCCUCCCGGCCUUCCGCCUGGGUAGGAUGGUCGCCCUCUCAAAGCCAUCAAGAGACGUCCGCGCACUGGUCAUGGGCGACGCGUUCCGGCGCCUGGUGGCACGCACGCUCGCGCAGCAGCUCAGCACGGAGUUCCAACGCGCGUGUGCGCCAUUCCAGUUCGCGCUCAGCACCAAAGCUGGGGCGGAAGCGCUCGCGCGGGUGGAACGUCGCAUACUGGGCGUCUGGGCGGACACGCUGCCUGCGCUCGGCGCCCACCACCCGGGCACGCUGGCGGACCUAGUUCGCCCCCUGUUGGACGUGUCUGCCGCCAAUAUGCCCCCGAGCGCGCGAGCGGCUGAACAAGCAGCGCAGCACCUGCGUUCCCAGGGAUUCGACGCGCCUCCCUGGGCAUCGCUGCUGGAGAGGGAUGAAGCGGCCGCUGCAUCACGGUCGCAGUGGGAGGGCGGCCACA